AUGAAUUAUAAUGGAUUUAACAAUUAUGCAAAUAUGGAAGACAAAAAUAAAUACAUUCACCAAAAAGACUUAAUAACAAUCAGUAAUCUAUCAAAUUCAACACCUAAUGUCCGAGUUACUUCUACUGAAUCUAAAAUACAUAACUCACCAUCAUUAAAAAUAGAAUCUGAUCAAGUGACAAAUAAAAAUAAAAAUACUAAUGAAAGUAUACUCUCACCAAACUUAAAAAAUACUGUAAGUAUUCCUCCUUAUCAACAACCAAUUAUAGAUCCUUCCAUAGUUCCUAUAACAAAUUCUAACCACAUAAUCAAGACACCUUUUGGCUUACAGCCUGAAUUAUCAGUAACACCAUCUGCAACAACACAGCUUCAAUACUAUGAAACUGUGAAAAGUGAAGCAAAUUUAGAUAGGACACCAAUACAAAAUUUUUCCAACAAUAAAACAAGUAGUAUAUCAAAUAUUUCGAUGAUUCCAAAUACUGGAAUCAAAAAUACAAACUUACCUUAUGUGGGGUUUACUCCAUUUCCCACUACAGCUAAUGGCUGCACAGAAGCUUAUCCUGAUUCUACUACAACAAGAGUAGUGAAUACAACACAACCAGGACAAUUAUCAACUCAACAACCCCUUUUGUUGUCUGCACCGACAAUCCUGCAACUACAAUCACCUAUGCAUUUGUUACAACCUGUCAUUGCCUUUAGUCAAAGACAACCGCAAAAUCAGUAUUUAACGUCUAUGUCAUUACCAAUUCAAUCCACAACGACACACUCUUUGCAGCAGGAUAAUGUGUUUCCAAAACCAUGGAAACCACAGAAUUUAAAUACUAUUCCAAAUGUAAAUAAUAAUAACAAUAAAGUUAGCCCUAUUAUCUCACAAUUUAACACAUUUAAAAUUGUUGAAACUAAUCCAUUAGAUCCUAUAAUUUCCAAAGAAGUAAAAAAUGAUUCAAUACAAGCUGCAAAGAAAGAAAGUUCAACUAGUUUCGAGAAUAACAAUGCUCUUCAGUUACCUUUGGUACCUUCACAUAUUAGCAAUACUACUGCAAGUACUGCUAGUGCUACUGACACUGAUACUGGGCAAUCUGAUAUUGUAGUUAGUGACAAGGAAAAUGGCCCAAUAAUGAAAAUGGCCACUGAAGCAACAGAUAAUAGUUUGAAUCCUACAACAAAAGAGUGUGUUGAGGAGAAAGAAUCAAAUACAAAUGAAAACAAGAGCCCAGUUAAUGAAAGUUUUAAUAUAGAGGAAAACAAUACAUUAGGUUUGAACAAAAAAAAGUCUAAAAGAUUAAGGGAUUCUAGGAGAGCCAUACAAAACAGAAAUGCACAAAAGGCUUUUAGACAACGGAAAGAAAAGUAUGUAAAAUUAUUAGAAUUAAAAGUAAGAGGGUAUGAUGAAGUAAUGCAAGAAAACAUUAUACUACGAAAGGAACUUUCCAAUCUAAAAAAUAUUAUAUUCCAUAUGGAACAACAAAUACAGAUGUAUAAUGAUCAAUAUAUGAAUGAUAUACAGCAUCGUCAACAACAAUUACAAAAUAUACAAUCACAACAAUUACCACGUAUUCCUCAAUUAUCUCAUCAAUUCCAGUCUCCUCCUCCUCCUCCACCUGCUCCUUCACUCUAA